UGACGUAGACUGUGGCGCGUUAUGAUGACGUACUGUGCAUCAACACAGUCAUUAACAUUAAUACUGUACACAACGGUACCCUCAGAGUUGUAGAUGGUUUUCUGAACUCUUCAACAACAUGGCCACACAAACUACAGAAAGCCCUAAGAAAGUUCUCAUCGCCAUGGACGGCAGCGAAAAUGCAGAGUAUGCUUUUAAUUGGUACGUCGACUUCUGUCACAAGGGAGGUAACCACGUCAUCCUUUGCCAUGUGGCUGACUACAAGGGCCUCGUCCAUACACCUGUGAUGUCUCUGGACACGAACCUUGUAAUGAGGAUGAUCUCGGAAGAAGAAAACAGGAUCAAACUGAUGCUGGCUAAAUUUACAGAGAUGAUCAAACGGUCUAUGAUGGACGGUCAGGUAAUCCGGGCCGUUGGAGAGUCAGGUGAAGCAAUCGUGCGUACUGCCAGGGAACAGGAAGUGGAUUACAUCGUCACCGGAAGUCGUGGUCUGGGAACAUUUCGACGGACAUUCCUGGGAAGUACCAGUGAUUAUAUCCUACACCAUUCCCAUAUUCCAGUCAUGAUCGUACAAAUCCCGAACACGAGUCAUCAAUGACGCCAUUGAUAAACACCGUCCCGUCUUCUAUUUCUGGUCAGCUGUGCAGCGUGUACAAGUGGAAGGAGUGUUCUAUUGUGUGAAAGAAUGAAAUGUUUAAAAUAGCAAUAAAGUAUGUGUGCUGUUCUUUUAAUUAUUUUUCUCACUUGUUUACCCUUUUACCAUAUGUAUUUCAUGGAAAUAGUGUUUGUCAUCAUUUACAGCACGAAUCAUUUUGUUGGCGAGGAAAACAUAUGCAAAAGUUAUCCCGCAUUUGCAUGUUGUCCUUUUGGGAAAGACAUGUUCAACUGUCAAAUCAAAGAUGGCUGCAUGUCUGCAAUAUCGUUUUCGAUCGGAUUAGAAAGUUCUGGUAGGAUAUUUCUCAAAUUUCAAAACAUAUAAGUUUUCCUUGAGUCUGGACUGGAAAACAAAAUGGCCGAAUGGCGACCACCUUUUAAUUUUAUCAGUUGAAGAUUGUUAUCGCUAUUUCUCAGAUUCUUCUUAAACCUUACGUUGAUUGUAUAUGAUUAUGUUAUAAAAAAAAUUAAGGAGAAAAGAAAGGGAAAGUAGAGAAAGAUCGACCUACACAUUGUAGAAUCAUUCAAUAUGGUAAGCGCCAAGAUCCCCCUGGGAUCUGUUUUUAUCGUGCCUUUGUUUAAUUAGAAAAUAUAUUUGCAUGAAAUUCAGUUA